GUAGCUAUUAUUUAUAGUAUUAUAUUAUGUUAUUAUAUAAACUCAACAACCGUUUUGUUUAUUAUGGAUACGACGAAAAUACGAAAUAGAUGUUAUUUUGUCAUAAUAUUUUGAUAUACGAGACACGAGUACACCUAUACGACUAAAAAUGUUUUGGAUAAUAAUUAUAUUUAUCGCUGAUACGUGGAGGAUUUACGGAGAAGCAGCGCCGGUGACCGCGGCAAUCGCCGGACAACACGAUCCGUCGUUCGAGAUUUUUCUGGAAAAACGACUGGACGAAAUAAUGGCGGGCAUGUCCACCGAUCGGCCGGCCGUCGUCAGCACGUCCACGGGUCGGCCGCCCGCCGUCAGCACGCCCGACGCGUUGCCGAAAGCCGUGCCGUGGCAUUUGUCCGACGGUUUUUUCGGCCAUCACCGGCCGCAGCCGUAUGCAGUUACGGCGAAAAAGCCCGCGGCUCGCCGUCGCGUCACGCAACGCCCGAAGGACGCGACCGGCGGCGAGUCGUCCACUGCCGGCGCCGCGGCCGCCCCCGUCAUUUUCACCACCGAAGAAGAAUGCGAGUCGGCCAAUCCAGGACGGGCGUGCGUAUGUCGCAUGACCGAUCUCCUGGAUUUGGUCGUGCAACGGUUGGACGAGGCGGUGAUGUCGGCGGCCGACGACGAAGAAGGCGGCGGCGAGACGGCCGCGCUGAAGUGUCGGUCGUUCAAGACCGUCCCGGCGGCGUUUGUGGUGUAUCCCGCCACGGCGGCGGCCGACAGCGACGGGACGAUUGCACCUGCCACGGACGUCCCGGUUGACGUGGUGGUCGAGCGAAACGGUGGCAAAACCGGCGGCCGUCUGAGCCGAGGCGGCAGUGGCGUCGGCGCCGCCGAGGACGCCGUCAAAGAAGCUCCCACGUGGAAACAAAUUAAUUUCAAUGACGUCCUCAACUACCAACUGGAAAGGUCCUCGACAGACGAUCACUACGCAGUACAAUAUGGCCUAGUCGGAAGCGACGCCAAAGUCCAAUGUGUGAUCAACGGUAACGGAACAAAAAUGAAUUCGUUCAAAUGGGACUUUAAACGGAGCAAACAUAAAACUAAUUCUACGGUAACCGGCACAGAUACGAAUAUCUUAUUGAUAUUGGCCAUGGAACCUGGAGAUAGUAAAAAUUAUACUUGCUUGCCAAAAAUAGAUGUGGUCGGAGAUUCUAAAAAUGGCUCUUCCAACAAACAGUACAAGCAUUACGUUAUAGCCGUUGAAAAAGCCAUUUACGAGAUCCGCGGAUCAGCGAUUUACAAGACUCGCGAUGGCGGCGGUUGUACGCACGAGCUAACCGUUCGCGUACAAAAACAAUUACCAAGUUCCAUGCGUUCCGUACUGUGUCCAGAGGGUUCAUCGCGCUACGCAUGCAACGUCAUCGUGGAAAACCCAAAGUGUGCCGAAGACGAAAGAACGAUAGAAAUAAAAUAUUUGGUAACGUUAAACGACAAUUCUACGUAUUUGGCUCGGAUAAGAACGAACAAGAAAGGUCGAAUCGCACUGCGCUACCAAAAACUAUUGGCGAAAAUAUCGAGUGUCUUGGCUUCAAACCUUAAUAAAACGAUGACGGUUCCAAUAAUGUCCAAGUUGUCGUUGAUCGAAACAAAUUUUUCACCUGACCACAUAAGUACAAACAAUUUCAUUUCUUGUUCACCGGGUUUCGGCAUUCGGGAGGUGUUUUGCGCUGCUUGUCCGCCACAACAUUACAGUCCGGACAAAUCCAUAAAAUGUUUGAAAUGUGCCAAAGGUUUUCAUCAGCCGGUCGCCGGAUCAGAUAAAUGCGUCAAGUGUACAAAUAUUUUUGCCAGUGGUUGUCACAUGAAUGAAAUUUCACCGACCGUGUAUUAUGUCAUCUAUCUAAUUAUUUUUUUGGUUCUUUUAUUUAUGGCUUGUUUCUGUGCGUUUUAUGGCCGCGAAGAUAAAGAAAAAAGCAUAAAUGUGAUACCGAGGAAAAUUAGGAAAAGAUUUAAAAAAAAGAAAAAGUACAGUUUGCUUUCCCAAACGGAAGAUACAGCAACAACAGAUAAUAGCAGCGUUAUAAGCAAAAACUAUGGUAAAUUAAAAAAUCUAUUAAAAUUUAAGAAAAAGUCAAAACCUAAAAUAAUCAAUCCAAAAAUAACGUUUGAUAUCGUACACGAAAAAUUUGGUCGACGAAUUCAGAAUAAUCACGUUACCGAAGAUAGUAGUACGACUAAUUCAAACUUUUAAUUUUCGUAUAAAGUUUGUAUAUUUAAUCAAUGACCACACAAGCAGCAAUCGACAACGGGUUCGCGACCAACCAUUGACGAUCGAACCAUUACCCGCCGACUGGGGCGACAGGAAUAUUACGGGUUGUCUAUUAUACCGGAACACGGUCUAUUGUACGACGAAGGCCGAACCACCGCACCACCUGUUAUAUCACCGGGAAAGCGUUUCACUGGAACGAAUCGCCACGGGAUGCUUUAUCUCAAUUUUUUUACGAAACUAUCUAGGUACCACCUUUGGUGUAGACCAGAACUCUGACAUAGAUACUCGCGAAGAGUAAACUCGCGGAUGAUUCUGACCAUAUUAAAAAGUUAUCGUGGUGAAAUAUCUUCAAGACACCAGUACACCACAGACAACCAGUACGAAGACAAUUUCAUUUGGACGGACAUCUCCUCAAUCAAAGGAUGCGACAUUGGACGACCAAGUCCUGGAAUAACUAUAGACUGUCCUUUUCAUGACAAUGGCGUACAAAUCAAGUCCCCCCAAGCGCGCCUGAAUAGGCCACGCUUUACCCGAACGGAGGUUGUGAUUAGACCCAACUUAUUUGAGCGGAUCUAACUCAACCUUCCUGUUUCAUAUAUUAUUAUACUGAAUUAUUAUUUAUUUGUGAUAUAAUCCUUUUAUAUUGUAAUACAAUUUACGGAGUCUAUGUUUACCGGACCACCAAAGUAUGCUGCGCCCGACGACAUAACUCCAUCUCCAAAUUCCAAUUAUUGUACAUUAUAUAGAAUAACUUUUAUAGAAAUAAACAACUUAUAUACAGCUUAAAACCAACGUGUUCAUAAUGUGUAUACUUAUAACAAAUGGCAGCACUCUAUUGUAACGUGUACCGUUUAAAUUUGGGUAGAAGACAGUAAACUAAACUUUUUAUUUUUUUAAAACCUUUUCCUAAUAUUUUCCUCGGAAUUAUCUUUAUGCUUGAAAUAUGUGAUAAAAAUUUAAAUGAUGUAAUCGGUCACA